GUUAAGUUGGCAGUUUGGCUUUAACGUGAAUUUGUGUGUCCCGUCUUAAUCAGUUUUAGACUCUGCCAUGUAUGCUUUUUAAAUUUGCAUAAGUACACACAGGCACUUAUCUCGUUGAGUGUGUCGGCGGAGCGGUGCGGGGUUCACCUUCAGUGCUCAUUAGCCAGCCAGCUAUAUUUGAACACAUAUCGGGACUGCUCACCAGGUCAACUUUCACAUCUUUUUUUUUUUACCUUAUAUUUGUUUGAUAUUAAUUAGACGUGUUGGAGGGACGCAUGAGGCCGUUGUCAUGACGCUGAGGAGAGUAAACGUGGUCAUCCUUGUUCUACUGGCUUUAGCCUUCCUCAUCAUAGUUCAACGAAAUCUCCUCAACCUCAGUGACUUUUUGCACAAAGAAAACACAGAUGCUGGGGUGGUUCUUCCCUUUGAGUCCGAAUUGUCUCCGGACCUCAGACUCGAGCCGAGGAAGGGUGAGGAGAUCCCUGUUCUCAUCACUGCUGCCGAGGAUAGACUUGGUGCUGUGGUUGCUGCCAUGAACAGUGUUUACAGUAACAGCAAAGCCAAUGUUGUCUUCCAUAUAGUGACCCUGAAUGACACAGUGGAUCACCUGAAAGUGUGGCUGAGUAAGACGACUCUAAAAAAUAUCAAAUAUAAGAUAGUUAUUUUCAAGCCUGAGCUCCUCAAUGGAAAGAUAUCUAAAGAGCCUCAGACGCUGGAUGCUGAAAAACCGCUGACGUUUGCUAGGUAUUAUCUGCCUUUAUACAUACCCGAGGCAGAGAAAGCCAUCUAUUUGGAUGAUGAUAUAAUUGUACAAGGGGAUAUUCAAGAGCUUUAUGAAAUUACCCUCAAACCAGGACACGCAGCUGCCUUCUCUGAUGACUGUGAUUCAGUGUCUGCUAAGGGCAUCAUUCGAGGGGCUGGAAAUCAGAAUAACUAUAUAGGUUUCCUGGACUUCAAGAAGGAGGCUAUCAAAAAGCUGGGGAUGAGAGCUAACACAUGCUCAUUCAACCCCGGGGUCAUCAUUGCGAAUCUGACUGAGUGGAAGAACCAGAACAUCACCGGGCAGCUGAAGCACUGGAAAGAGCUGAACACAAAGGAGGAUCUGUACAGCAAUACACUGGCAGAGAGCGUCACCACUCCCCCACUCCUUAUUGUUUUCUACAAGCGUCACUCCACCAUUGACCCCAUGUGGCACAUCAGGCAUCUCGGCCUGACGGGUGCUGGUAACCGCUACUCGCCACAGUUUGUGAAAGCCGCCAAACUCCUCCACUGGAAUGGACACUAUAAGCCUUGGGGGAGAACCUCCUCUUUUACUGAAGUGUGGGACAAGUGGUACAUUCCAGACCCCACAGGAAAAUUUCAUCCUGUGCGAAAACACAUAGGGGACAAGUAGACUGAACAUUUUUUUUGUUUCAGGUUUUUGGGUUUUUUUUUUUUUUGUUUUUUUUUUGAGGGGAGUUCAUCCAACCAGCCAUGCCAGCCUUGUCCCGGCAGGACCACGCCUCGUGAUAUCUCAGGAACACAAACAAAUACAAGAGAGGGCUUCUCACUUGCCAGCCCUGUGUUUUGAGUUCUGUCAUCCUCAGAAAAGUUAGACGUGUACUUAGUUUCCCUUGAAAACAAAAAAUAGACAUUUUUGUUUAACCAGAGGAUUAUAUUGUUGCUUUGCACACAUUUUCCACAGCUGCUUAGUCCAAAAACUCAGUGCCCUUGUGAUUGCUUUUGACUGUUUCACUAAAAAAGUAGUGUUUUUUAGUAUAUGACCAAAAUGUUGUUUCAUCCUCAAAGUGAUCAGUGAGGUGUUGAAUCUGAAGUGUUCCUCCAGUCAGCAGUAAUUAUAUCUUGUGACAAUGUGCUAAAACCACCAUGUGCAUAACUAACUUAAGCCAUCAUUGUAGAAGUAAUCAGUGAGUGUUACUUGGUGUGUUUGUAUGCAGCGUAAUGAGUAACUUGCUUUAUUUGCAACUAACUAAAGGAUCUUAUAGUUACCUCAUCUAUAAAGGUGCAGUAGUCAUCCCCAGAGUUAACAUGUUCCCCAUAGUUAUUAAUUGUAAUCAUAUAAGCCAUGCACACACCUGAUCUCAAUACCUCAGUUCAAUACUUCCUGUGGAACAGUUUGAUAAUGAUUUUAUCAUCCUUAAUUGCACAUUUUGAUAGCUAACAGUGAUCUGUGCUUGGCUAAUCAAGUGAGAUGUCGCAAUUAGACAGAAAAUGCAGUCCAAGUCCUUUUUCCUUUAUAAAUGCAUUACAGUACAACACAAGUUAAUUGCAGCUAAGUUACUGGUGCAGUAGCAUUUUGAAUUGCCCCAGCUAUCCAUUUAUUAUGCCAUAAGCCAACACUAAUUCAGUAUUGUACUGCCUCGCGUGCUUAACUGCUACAAUGUGGUUUUUAAAUGACAUAUGCAGACCACUAAGCAAACUGCAGAAAUGGAAGAACAAUGUUUGCACAAAGUGUUUUAUCCCAUCAUGGUCAGGAUUUUUAUACUUUUUCAAAUGCAUUCAGCUUGCUGGUGUAAAUAUGUCAUCUUUUGUAUAGUACAGGAAAUAAAUGCUACAUUUUUAU